AUGGCGGAGGAAGUUAAGCAAUAUCUGCACCGCUAUAACACAUCGGGCAAACGGCAGCGGGACUUGACAGAGGAGCAGAAACAGGAGCUGAAGGAGGUCUUUGACUUGUAUGACACAGAUGGCUCGGCCGCCAUCGACAACAGCGAACUCAAGGGGCUCAUGCAAGUCCUGGGUUUCUCCUCCACCUCGAGGGAGGAGCUUGUGGCCAUGAUGAUGUCCGUGGACAAGGAUGGGUCUGGCGAAAUUGAGCUGGAUGAGUUCUUGCAGAUGAUGGCGCCGAAAGUAUUGGCGCGGGAGCCCACGGCAGUCAUCAGAAAGGCUUUUCCUCUCUUCGUGUCCGAAGGGAGUGAGACCAUCAACUGGCACAGCCUUCGGGCGCUCGCAGACGAUCUGGGCCUGGCCUUUGCCGACCACGAGAUUCAAGAGAUGCUGGAAGACGCCGAUGACAACGGUGACGGCUAUCUGGAUGAAGACGAGUUUGUGCACGCCGUGCGAAGAGCCAAGUUCUUUUGA